AUGUUUACGUUAAGAGAACAACUUGAUAACAGAACCAAUGAAAAGUUCUUUUCUUCAAGCUCUCAAGUUUACAUGAGUCAUAUUACUCAUGAAGCUUGCAUGUGAGUCACGAGGGCAAAUGCGGGAGUCGUUUUGUUACAAAUACCUCUCUUCACACACGUUCUAUCUACUAAUCAAUCAAAUUCUAGAAAAAUGACUUCAAGCUUAAAAUUUUUUUCCAUUUCGAUAUUAUCCAUGGUAGUGAUGGAAAAUCCUGUAAAUUCUAUUGGAAUUGGUAGAGAACAAAGUGCAGGAGUCAAAGGGAUAUUGUUGUGCAAAGGCGAGCCAGCUUACAAAGUGGAAGUCAAGCUGUAUGACGAGGAUUUCGGUGAGUUUUACCUUAUUUUAGGUGGGAAGACACCCGUGUCUAUUAUCAGUCCAAAAAAGUACAUAAAAUUCCUUUCCUUAGGCCUGGACCUCGAUGAUUUGCUAGAUAGUGGCAUGACCAAUGCCAUGGGCGAAUUUCAGCUUCAGGGAUCGACGUAUGAGUUCAUGACUAUCGACCCAAAGCUCAAUGUUUACCACGACUGCGAGGAUUCAAUGGUAAGCAAAAAAAGUCGUAUUUUACAACCUAAACACCUGUAAAAUUGAAAUAAAAUUGAUCUUACAGCCUUGCCAACGAAAAUUCUCUAUUGAGAUCCCGAAACGAUACGUUUUCGAUGGUGAACGACCUGGAUUUGUCUAUGAUAUUGGAGUAGUCGAGUUGUCUGGAGAAAUGCCCGAUGAAUCACGUGAUUGCCUCCAUUAA